UUCGUAGAAUUUACGUCCUUUGUGUACCUCUAGUUUGAUAUGGUUCAUUUUAAUCAAAGGCCGCGAUGAGCUAUUGCCCAAUGAAUUGACAAAUAGUUUUAAAAGACAUUAGACAAUUUCGGAGCUUAUAGGUAAAAGACGAAGAUAAUCGACGUCUGGUAUCUAUAACAGGUAACAGACCAACAUGACAGACUUGAUACUGACAUAUUCCGUACACCUGGUACUCGUACUCUUGCUUCAAAUCCGUGUCCAAGCAGAUAGUAGCCUGGAUAAUUCGGUUAAACAGCUAUUGAGUACUUCCAGAUAUAACAAGGAUAGGAAACCAGAUUCUUUUAGCUACGUCAAUGUUCAGGUAGACAUCUAUGAUAUGGCAAAGACAGAAGCAAAAAAUGCGGAAUUUACCUUGGAACUGUAUCUCCGGAUGUGGUGGAAGGACGCUCGCCUCCAGUACUCUAAUUACUCUUCGUUAGGUAACGUCAGUAAAUUAGAAAUACCUGAAGUCAAUACUGCACAGAUCUGGCAGCCCGAUCUAUACUUUCUGACGGACCGAAAGCCAGAGAUACAUGACAGAAGCAUAGCAAAUAGAAUUAUCUACAUCUAUAGAAACGGCUCUAUCGUCUACAGUGAAAGGACAUCGCUGACUCUAAGAUCAUCGCUUGACCUUACAUUUUACCCUUAUGAUCAGCAAAUGUGUUUGGUCGAAUUACAGAGUUUUGCGUACACAAAUGAUUCCCUGAUUUUAAACUGGCACGACAGCAAUCCUGUAAAAAUAUCUGGAGCCAAGAUGGCAGAAUACCUCAUUUCUGUUGGAGAAUAUGGUCAUGGAGACAAGCCUCCACUUGAGCAAAUUGGAAUAUAUUCCACAUUGAGAGCAAGUAUAAUGCUUAAAAGAACAGGCCAUGCGCACUUCUAUCAACUUUAUGGACCAAGUUUUGCUGUUGUGUUUGUGUCAUGGCUUGCUCUUUUUCUUGAUGAGAAAAAGGUUUCACCUCGACUUACAGUUCACACUGGAUGCGUUAUUGCUCUGACUACACAGUGGAUUGGUAUAUACUUUCUAUUACCAGCAGUGUCCUACAUAAGAGCUAUCGACAUCUGGAUGAUAACCCAUCUACUUCUUGUAGUAUUCGCAUUUCUUGCGAACAUAUUGUCUUUAAUGGCUAGGCGUGAUGAUAGAAAAAAUGAAAUUGACAAAAGGAAAGACAGUGGCGGAUGUGAAGAAAACUUUUUAAAACAUUAAUUCAUAUGUCAAAUGGUUUUAAAACAAAAUGCUGCCCGUGUUGUUGUAGUUGUUUUUCGCGUUUGUUUUGUUCUUGUGAAGCUGAACUAAAGACUGGCUCUAAAGAUGAUGAAUUAGCAAAUCGGCAAGGAAAGCUUAUAGAAAUAGUUGCAGUUAUUACUUUGUUUUUAUUCUAUGUUGUGUUUAUCACUGUUUAUGCCAUUUGUGUGCCAGCUCAAAUGAUAUCUAUUUUGUAUUUGCUGGUCGUGGCUACUGCCGGACCUUUUGCUUCUGUUUGUCUUGUUUUGAUGGCUUUCGGCAUUGUACAUGUAGCUAGCACAUUUAACAAAAGCAGUAACAAAGAAAAUAAUGGUCAAAUCGGAAUCCUGUCUUCUGAUGCCGAACGUACAUGUACAAACAGCCCAUUUAUUGAAAGCAGUAACAAAGACAAUGCUGGUGAUAAACGAAGCAUUUUUUCUUCUGCCGAAUGUACCGAUGUAAAUAGCGCAAGUAACAUAAACAAUGGCAAAGAAAAUUCUGGGGAUGAAAGAAGCCUUUCUUUUGAUGCCGAACAUACUGAUUUAAAUAGCGCACGUAACAGAAGCAAUAGCAAAGAAAAUGCUGGCGAUAAACGAAGCCUUUCUUUUGAUGCUGAACGUGCCGCAAGUAACAGAACAAAUGACAAAGAAAAUACUGGUGAUAAACGAAGCCUUUCAUCUGAUGCAGAUAGCGCACGUAGCGGAAGCAAUAACACAGAAAAAGCCGAUGAUACAGUGAGCCUUUCUUCUGAGACCGAACAUACUAAUUCAGACAACAAACGUAACGAAAAUGAUUAUGAUAAAGAAAAUACUGAUGUUAAGAUUACACGAGUCGAAUUAACCGAAAGUGAAUGUAAGGAAAGUAAUGACAAAACAGAGAUUUACGAGUCAUCAAAAGUCUAGAGCAUAGAUAUUUACAACAAAACGUGCCGCGGAAAAGGCUGCUAUAUUUUGAAGCUGAUUGCUAAUAGUUCAAUUAAACUCAUGUCACCUAUAUUAUGCCGUUAUGUCCAGUUGGGACAUGUUUGAUAAAUAUAACGCGGAACAUGAUUAGCACACUGGUUUUAAUUGUGGCCGAAUUUUUAGGGCAAGGUCAAACUAGUUUAGUCCAAGAUGGCGUGGGGCUAGCAUUGGCAAGAACCGUUCCAAUAUGCAAUUUUAGGAUCUAAUUCAAGGGCAGUUCCAGGUGGAGAGCACAGCCGGCACGCGCUCACACCACCCUUGUAUCCAGCAAGCAUAUAUUUUGUUGGUCUUAAACUGAAAUAGCAGUCAAUUAAGUAAAACGUUUCGGCUCGUUUUCCUUGCAAAACCUUGCAAAACGUUAUAUCAGUAGUAUUUACAACUUAUCAGUUCUGGGAACGGGCGACAGUCAAAGUAAAUAAAAAUAGCUUUAAAAUGGGUGAAAUUGCUUUUGUUAAACACUUACGCAUUUUAAAGAGUAAGGAAAGCCUAAAAUUAAGUUAAUUUUAUAUGAAAGCCAUCAUCAAGCCUUUCAUAGCGCUGAAAGAAUUUCUAAAAUCGGACAACUAUGGCAGUUUGAAAUAUAAGAAAAUGGCUGAUAAUGGAGGCAGCCAUUUUAGUGUGUUUAUAACGUCUUCUUGCAUACCAGACGGGGAUUUCCGGUAUUUUACCGGUGCUGGAAAAAUCCAUCUUACACCCCGGGGUGUAAGAUGACACUCGUGCUUUAAAUGACGCAUUACGAACUACAUAUAUGUCGAGGAUUUAUGUAGUAAUUUAUAUUUUAUUUAAAAAACGGAAUAAAAAUUCAAUACCUUGACAGUUCCUAUUGGUUCCUGAUAGUAUAAUUCUCGAUUCAAAUCACGUUAUUUUAUCAAAAAUCCAUAACAUUACGAUGCAGCUGAUAAAACAAAACCGGAACUAAACAUUAUUAUUUGUUUUGAAACGUUAUGACGUCUUUCCUGUUUACGGACGUUGGUUUCCCGCGCUUUGUUUAAAUACACUGCUAUAAGAAAUAGUUCUAAACAGAAAGCCGCUUGAUUGAUUUUAUUUUAUUAUUAUUUCUUGAAAUCGGUAUGCAAGAAAAAGAUUCUGUCACUGGUUAUAGGUGCAGAUGGGAAUAUCCGGCUCUCGUGUAACUGUUUAGGCGGUAACUCGGCAGGGAGCCUCGUUACCGCCUAAACAGUUACCCUCGAGGCCGGAUAUUCCCAUCUGCACCUACAACCAGUGAAAGAAUCUUAUAUUCUUGCAUACCAGACGGGGAUUUCCGGUAUUUUUACCGGUGCUGGAAAAAUCCAUCUUACACCCCGGGGUGUAAGAUGACUCUCGUGCUUUAAAUGACGUAUUACGAACUACAUAUAUGUAGAAGAUUUAUGUAGUUAUUUAUAUUUUAUUUCGAAAAA